GUGUCUGAGGGUGAGGAGGAGGAGGACAGGAGGACAGGACUUACUUUACGGUGGGUGUGAGGCAUCCACAUCUCAAUCUGAGGUGACCGGAGGACGGACGACGACGAAGGAUCGGUGCGUCACAGCUGCUCUGGAGGUGUUUGGACAUUUCUGCUGCAUUUCAUCUCAAAUUCGACACUUUUCCGGACGCAGACAUGGACGACAAGAGCGACAUGGAAAUGCAGGCUUCAGCCAAACUGGAACAAAACGGAGACUUAAGAGCGGAUGAUGAUGACAUGGACCUGAAAGGGAAGAAGAAGAAGAAGAAGAAAGCGGAGUCGCUGCCGAUGGUUGGACCGAUAACUGUGUUCAGGUUUGCAGACAGUUUGGACAAGCUGAUGAUCGUGGUCGGGACGGUGAUGGCGAUGGCCAAUGGCACCGUGCUUCCCGUCAUGUUCAUCGUGUUCGGAGACAUGACGGACAGCUUCAUUCAGGACGCAGCUGAUCACAUGAACGGCAGCUCCGGCAGCUCCGGCAAUUUUACAAACAUGCACGUAAACAGCACCUUACAAUCGGACAUGACGACCUUCGCCAUCUACUACUCCAUCAUGGGAGGCGUGGUUCUGUUCGCCGCCUACCUGCAGGUCUCCAUGUGGACGGUGGCGGCCGGUCGGCAGGUCAAACGCAUCCGCAGGUUGUUUUUCCACCGGAUCAUGCAGCAGGACAUCGGCUGGUUCGACAUCAACGAGACGGGAGAGCUGAACACUCGACUCACAGAUGACGUCUAUAAGAUCCAGGAGGGCAUCGGAGACAAGACCGGCAUGCUGAUUCAAGGUUUCACCACCUUCAUCGUGUCCUUCAUCAUCGGCUUCACCAAAGGCUGGAAGCUCACGCUGGUCAUCCUGGCCGUGAGUCCUGCGCUGGGCUUCUCUGCCGCUCUCUUCAGCAAGGUGCUGACCAGCUUCACGAGUAAAGAGCAGACGGCUUAUGCCAAAGCUGGUGCUGUGGCAGAGGAGGUGCUUUCCUCCAUCAGGACGGUGUUUGCUUUUAGUGGCCAAGAGAAGGAGAUCGAAAGAUAUCAUAAGAACUUGGAGGACGCUAAGACGAUGGGGGUGAAGAAGGCGAUCUCUGCUAACAUCGCCAUGGGCUUCACCUUCCUGAUGAUCUACCUGUCCUACGCUCUGGCCUUCUGGUACGGCAGCAGGCUCAUCGUCUCGGGGGAGUACACUAUCGGAUCCGUGCUGACCGUGUUUUUCGUCGUGCUGAUCGGAGCUUUCUCGCUGGGACAGACGUCUCCCAACAUCCAGACGUUCGCCAGCGCCCGAGGGGCUGCCCACAAAGUGUACGCCAUCAUCGAUCAUAAACCGGCCAUAGACAGCUAUUCAGACACUGGCUUCAAGCCUGACUUCAUCAGAGGAGACAUAGAGUUCAGUAACAUCGACUUCAGCUAUCCCUCAAGGCCAGACGUCAAAAUCCUACACAGCCUGUCUCUGAGUGUGAAGAGCGGACAGACCAUCGCCUUAGUGGGCAGCAGCGGUUGCGGUAAAAGUACCACGAUCCAGCUGCUGCAGAGGUUCUACGAUCCUCAGGAAGGAACUGUGUGCAUCGACGGUCAUGAUAUCCGCUCUCUGAAUGUCCGCUACCUCAGAGAGAUGAUCGGGGUGGUGAGUCAGGAGCCCAUCCUCUUCGCCACCACCAUCACUGAGAACAUCAGAUACGGUCGACCUGACGUGACGCAGGGGGAGAUCGAACAGGCCGCCAAGGAAGCCAACGCCUACGACUUCAUCAUGAAGCUUCCCGAUAAGUUUGACACGCUGGUUGGAGAUCGAGGGACCCAAAUGAGCGGAGGACAGAAGCAGAGGAUUGCAAUUGCUCGAGCUUUAGUCCGCAACCCCAAAAUCCUCCUGCUGGAUGAAGCCACGUCUGCUCUUGAUGCUGAGAGUGAGACUGUUGUACAAUCUGCACUGGAUAAGGUCCGACAGGGUCGUACCACCAUUAUCGUGGCUCACCGCCUGUCAACCAUCAGAAACGCUGACGUGAUCGCCGGCUUCCAGAAAGGUGAAGUUGUCGAAUUGGGGACUCACAGCCAGCUGAUGGAAAUGAAGGGCGUUUACCACACACUGGUCACCAUGCAGACCUUUCAGAAAGUCGAGGAGGAUGAGGAGGACGAGUAUGAGGUGUCUGCAAAUGAGAAGAGCCCAUUGGUGAAGACUUCCUCUGAAUCUGCACUGCGAAGGAGGAAAUCUACAAGAGGUUCAUCAUUCGCUGCCUCCGAGGGAGAGAAAGAGGAGAAAGAAAAGCUAACGGAAAAGACGGAUGAGGAUGAAGACGUUCCUCCAGUGUCCUUCCUCAAAGUUAUGGCUCUGAACAGCUCCGAGUGGCUUUUUAUUCUGGUGGGGACCAUCUGCGCCAUCAUCAACGGCGUCAUUCAGCCUCUGUUCGCCGUCCUCUUCUCGAGGAUCGUCACCGUGUUUGCAGAACCAAAUCCAGAUGUCGUCACGAAAAAAUCCAAUUUCUUCUCGCUCAUGUUUGUUGCUAUCGGAGCUGUGUCCUUCGUCACCAUGUUUCUGCAGGGUUUCUGUUUUGGUAAAUCUGGAGAAGUUCUCACCCUAAAACUGAGACUCGGCGCCUUUAAGUCCAUGAUGAGACAGGAUCUCGGCUGGUUCGACCAACCUAAGAACAGUGUUGGAGCUCUGACUACCAGACUGGCCACAGACGCAGCGCAAGUACAAGGGGCUGCUGGAGUACGUAUGGCGACACUGGCGCAGAACUUUGCCAACCUGGGCGGUGGUUUGAUUCUGGGCCUGGUGUACGGCUGGGAGCUGACGCUGCUCCUUCUAGCUGUGGUGCCGGUCAUCGCGUUAGCCGGAGCUCUGGAGAUGAGGGCGCUCACCGGACACGCUGCCGAAGAGAAGAAGGAGCUGGAGAGGGCUGGAAAGAUUGCUACGGAGGCCAUAGAGAACAUCCGAACUGUGGCGUCUCUCACAAGAGAACCCAAGUUUGAGUCCUUGUAUCAGGAGAACCUCGUUGUGCCGUACAAGAACGCCAAGAAAAAGGCCCACAUGUAUGGCUUCACAUACUCCUUCUCCCAGGCCAUGAUCUACUUCGCCUACGCCGGCUGCUUCCGCUUCGGAGCUUGGCUGAUUGAUGCGGGAAGGAUGGAGGCUCAGGAUGUUUUCCUUGUGAUCUCGGCCAUUCUGUUUGGCGCCAUGGCCGUCGGAGAGGCCAACUCCUUCGCCCCCAACUACGCCAAGGCCAAGAUGUCAGCUGCCCACCUCAUGAUGCUGCUGAAAAAAGAGCCUGCCAUCGAUAACCUCUCGCACCAGGGCGAGUCACCGGAUAAAUUUGAUGGCAAUGUGAGCUUCCAGUCGGUGAAGUUCAACUACCCGUCGCGGCCCGACAUUCCCAUCCUGCGAGGGCUGAACCUGACGGUGAAGAAGGGGGAAACGCUGGCGCUGGUGGGCAGCAGCGGCUGUGGGAAGAGCACCACCAUCCAGCUGCUGGAGAGGUUCUACGACCCACUGGAGGGUAGCGUGGAGCUGGACAACAUGAACGCCAAGCAGCUGAACAUCCAGUGGCUCAGGUCCCAGAUCGGCAUCGUCUCCCAGGAGCCCAUCCUGUUCGACUGCACUUUGGCCGAAAACAUCGCCUACGGAGACAACAGCCGGAAAGUAACCAUGGAAGAGAUUGAGGCGGCUGCCAAGUCGGCCAACAUUCACAACUUCAUAGAAGAGCUGCCACAGAAGUACAACACCCAGGCCGGCGAUAAAGGCACCCAGCUGUCAGGAGGGCAGAAGCAGCGGAUAGCCAUCGCCCGAGCCAUCCUCCGCAACCCCAAAGUGCUGCUGCUGGAUGAGGCCACAUCUGCACUGGACACAGAGAGCGAGAAGGUGGUGCAGGACGCCCUGGAUCAGGCAAGCAAAGGCCGCACGUGCAUCAUCGUGGCCCACCGCCUGUCCACCAUCCAGAACGCCGACCGGAUCGCCGUCUUCCAGGGCGGAGUGGUGGUCGAACAGGGCACGCACCAACAGCUGCUGGCCAAGAAGGGAGUCUACUACAUGCUGGUCACCACACAGAUGAGCCACAGUCCACAAUGACGAGCUUUGAGCUGCACCUAAAAGCACUUAGCGACUCCCCGCUGCUUCAUUUGUACAGACUGAGCAGCUCCAGUGGGGAUUAAGGGACUGUAUCCUGUGAGCAUAAAGUCUGCGCUGCUGUCGUCACGUUUAUGGGCAUUUUUUUUUAAAAAUACCAACCACAUUAAGACACGUAAGAAAACUGCAGGUGUAAAUGACCAGCCUGAUUGUGUAAUUUGCCUAUUUUAUUAGCAAAGCCUGUGCUUUCUCUCUGAUCUCAGUUAGUGCUUCGUAAACAGGAGCGCAUUCUCGACAUUUUGUAGUGAAAUCACAGGUGCUUUUCCAAGUGGAAGCUCUACUGCCCGUCUCCUUCCACCUCCUACCUCUCUGUGGCGCAGGAGUCUGCAAAAGCUGGAUAUUUCCUAAAAAUGUCUUUACGUUUCACGUUAUCCUAAAGAAAUGCUUUGUCUAAUAAAAUUGUUGCCUUA